AUGACUCUGACUUCAUCCACCUCCAUCCCCCCAGCAUCGCUCACGGGCGAAACGCCGCAGUACCUCAUCUUCUUCAGCUCGGGCAAUCCACCCUGGUGUCCCGACUGCGUCGACGCUCAACCCGCCAUCAACCACGUCUUUGGCACGUCCGCAGACGCCCACCUCGUCCUCGUCGACAGACCAGACUGGAAAUCGCCCGACAACAUCUUCCGCACCCAGUGUGGCAUCAAGUGCAUCCCCACCAUCACCAAGAUGAUCAACGGCAAAGAGGUGGCUCGGAUCGAGGAUGCCGAGUGCAAGACCAUCGACAGCGUCGCCAAGUUCAUCCAGUAA